GGCUGGGAGGUGCAAGGGGCGGGCUCUCGGGGCCCCGCCCCCCGCGUCCGCCCGCCCCGCAGGCGCCGGCGGGGCCCUGGACUGGCCUGGAAGCAGAGGCGGUUGAGUCCGAGAGCUCCGUCUGCCGCCGUGGUGGCCCUGGAGGGGGAGGGCGGUGGCUCACGGUACCCAGCCCAGGCCUGCCCCACCCCAGUUCCCUCAGCACACGAAAACUGGGCGGGUUAGGCCCGGCGACAAGGGUAGGGCAAACUCGCCCCUUCCCUGUCUGCCCUUCGAAACUUCUGAGGUCUUCCCAGCACCCGGUCCGAGAUGGGGUCCCAGGUCUCCGUGGACAUGGGAGCUGUGCACGUGGUGGUCGUGGGUGGCGGCUUUGGUGGGAUUGCCGCCGCCAGCCAGCUGCAGGCUCUGAGCAUCCCCUUCGUGCUGGUGGACAUGAAGGACUCCUUCCACCACAACGUGGCAGCCCUCCGGGCCUCUGUGGAAAGAGGGUUUGCCAAAAAGACAUUCAUUUCCUACUCGGCGACCUUCAAGGAAAACUUCCGGCAGGGGCUGGUCGUAGAGAUAGACCUGCAGAAUCAGAGGGUGCUGCUCGAGGAUGGCGAGGCCCUGCCCUUCUCACAUCUUAUCCUGGCCACUGGCAGCUCUGGGCUCUUUCCGGGCAAGUUUAACCAGGUUGCCAGCCGGGAGGUUGCUAUCCAGGCCUACGAAGACAUGGUGAAGCAGGUCCAGCGCUCCCAGUCCGUGGUGGUGGUGGGAGGCGGCUCUGCCGGCGUGGAGAUGGCGGCAGAGAUCAAAACCGAAUUCCCCGAGAAAGAGGUCACUCUCAUCCACUCCCAAGUGGCCCUUGCCGACAAGGAGCUCCUGCCCUGUGUCCGGCAGGAAGCAAAGGAGAUCCUGCUCCAGAAAGGCGUGCAGCUGCUGCUGAGUGAGCGGGUGAGCAACCUGGAGCAGCUGCCUCUCAACGAGUAUCGAGAGCGCAUCCAAGUGCACACGGACAAAGGCACAGAGGUGGCCACGAACUUGGUGAUUGUCUGCAAUGGUAUUAGGAUCAACAGCUCUGCCUACCGCAGUGCGUUCGAGAGUCACCUGGCCGGCAACGGCGCCCUGAGGGUGAACGAGUUCCUCCAGGUGGAGGGCUGCAACCACGUCUACGCCAUCGGCGACUGCGCGGACGUGAAGGAGCCCAAGAUGGCCUAUCACGCUGGCCUCCACGCCAGUGUCGCCGUGGCCAACAUCGUCAACGCCAGGAAACAGAGGCCCCUCAAGGCCUACAAGCCAGGGGCGCUGACCUUCCUGCUGGCCAUGGGGAGAAACGACGGCGUGGGCCAGAUCAGUGGCUUCUAUGUGGGACGGCUCAUGGUGCGGCUGGCCAAGAGCCGGGACCUGUUCGUCUCCUCCAGCUGGAAGACCAUGCGGCAGUCUCCACCCUGAGCGGGAGCCGGGCCACCACCAGGUGAACGGACGGCUCCGACGACAGUUCUAAAACAAACAGGAAGAAAACACAUGGAAAGGAACCCCUCGUGGACACCUGGUUAAUUACAGACGGAGGCUCUUUUAACCCAGAAUACAAAACGCAGAGGGCUCCUUCCGUGGCCGGGACCCGCUCCCGCGGCCCCUGCUGCCCGCUUGCUGCCAGCUGCCCUCCGCUCCCCUGCCGUCACCCUUCUUCUCUCCUUUUACAAAAUAAAACCCCACUCCCGUGACUCUGCUCCGGCUCCCGCUGGCCAGCGCGCUACUUGGCGUCGAGCUUGGCCAUCUCCUGCACGUAGAUGCCAAUGCUCUCGCUGUCAAAGAGCAGGAAGUAGACGUUCUUCAGCGAAGAUGUGCUCGAGUCGUCAAAGUGGGCCGAGAUGGCUUUGAGGGUCACCUGGGCUGCCGUCUGUUUGGGGAAGCAGUUUCUGUGCCAAAGGGAACAAAAAGCUGAUGUUACUUGGGUGCCCAGGGCCCGUGGGGUAACUCGGCUCUCGGCCUGCGAUGGGGGAAAUGAGGCUCCUUCUUAGCUUUGUUUCCGUCUCCCGGGGUCUCCCUGUGGGCAGGCUGGGCCACUACGGUCUUUGAUUCUAGUCACGGGGACAGCCCGGGAGUGGGACCAGCAGGAGGUGCUGUCCCCACUGUACAAGAGCCGUGCUGGCCCAGCCGGAGUCACAGGGCUGGCUGGCGGGCGGUGCCUUCUGCUUGGAUGCAUUUGUAGCCCCUGCCUCAAGUCCAGAGGGGCUUUAAAACCAUGACCAACCUGGCACUGAAGCACAGCUAGGCUUUAUUAGCACCCUCAAAACUGUCUCACGAUAUGGGGCACCUGGGUGGCUCAGUCAGUUAAGCAUCCGACUUUGGCUCAGGUCAUGAUCUCACCGUUUGUGAGUUC